GAGGAAGGAUUUUCGAUUUCGUCUUGUCGUCUUGUCUCUGUGUAAAAUAAACUGUUAUGGUUGUCGAAGACUUCCUUUUAUCGAGAUAUAUGGGCCUAUUUUAGAUUUCAUACCCACAAGUACUUUGGUCACGUGACUACAUACUUUCAUUUAAUUAAUUAAUUAGCCUUAAUAAGUAAGUAAGAUUAUGGGUCCAGUUAGAGAUCAGAUUUGUACGUAAGUUAAGCUGCGUGUUUGGCGAUACGACCUGUAACAUUUAAAUAACGUUUUCAACUACCCACAGGAAUAAUUCCUUAUGUGCUCUCAUGGCAAAAAUGAAAUAUUCAGAGAUGUCAAGGGACAUCUCCUGCGACAGUCUCUCAACUCUUCGGCUCAUAGAGGAGAAACAUGAAAAAAAGACAAGAGAUUGUGACAUUGAGCCUGUGACACUUCCUAAAAAUACUCCGAAUAAGAUCUCUCCAAAGAAGAUCUCUCGCACUUCAACUGCGGAAUCAAUCAGUACAGCGUUGCCUUGUUAUGACAAUCUCGGUGCCACAGGAGUCCAGUCGCAAUCUAACAGCAAAUCACAGAGUUUACCAGCCCAGGUGUCUCUGCGAUCUAUGGACCAACUUGUCUUGGAGGCGUUACGAGUAUCUGCGGAGGAUUUUGCAUCUCAACUCACUCUCCUCGACCUUCAAGUCUUCGUUCAGAUCACUCCGGACGAGCUGGUGUCUUGUGCCUGGAACAAAAAGAACAAACUACUCGUUGCACCCAACGUCGUGGCGUUUACCAAACGAUUCAACCAUGUCAGUUUUUGGACAGUCCAAGAAGUGUUGAGUGGAACUUCUCCAAAGCAUAGAGCAGAAAUACUAUCACACUUCAUAAAAAUUGGCAAAAGGCUCUAUGAACUGAACAAUUUUCAUUCCCUUUUUGCUGUUGUAUCUGCUCUCCAAAGUGUUUCUGUUUAUAGAUUAACAAAAACAUGGAACCUUGUAUCAAAAAAGGACAAGAGUACUUUUGAUAAGUUGGCUGAAGUAUUCUCUGACACUGACAACUGGAGGAAUCUACGAGAACACAUGGAAAAUUUGAAACUACCGUGUAUUCCAUAUUUAGGAGUGUUUCUAACGGAUCUAGUCUACAUAGAUAUGGCCCACCCUCACAUGGGAGGUCUCGAGCCUGAACAAAGAAAGCUGAAGAUGAACAAUAUUUUACGGAUUGUCUCAAACCUACAACAGUCUCAGUACCCUCACCUCUUGCCUUUACCACAUAUCCAGAGAUAUUUGCAUUCCGUGCGAUAUAUCGAUGAACUGCAAAAGUUUGUUGAAGAUGACAAUUACAAGCUGUCACUGAGACUAGAACCACCGUCGCCAGCCCCGAGCUCGUCAAGUUCGCGAGAGUCAGUCAGUGAGUUGGCAACCGUAGCGAGUCUCAACCUGUCCCCUGCCAAACCUUCGCUGCGACUGCAACCCGUCAUCAAGUUUGUCCCCGGUCACCGCAAGAGCCGUAGUCUUGGGACCAAAUUUCGUAGUACAAGUCUUCCAAGAAAUUUUCAUAAGCCAGUAUUUCCAGCAUCUGCUGCCAAUGGUGUUUUUGCCAAGCCUUGUCACUCAAGCCCACGCAACUUGCUGGACAACUCAGUCAUUCUGUACAUCUCAUACCUAGUCAGUGCUAACACUCUGUUGUCUGUUGUAGUGUUUUUGCCAAGCCUUGUCACUCAAGCCCACACAACUUUGUUUUUUGUUUUCGCCAAGCCUUGUCACUCAAGCCCACACAACUUGCUGGACGAUUCUGUGAUAGUGGAGGGGGGUGGGGGAGGAUUAGGUCUACACGGUCACUCUGUACAUCUCAUGCCUAUGUUUUUGAAAAGCCUUGUCACUCAAGCCCACACAACUUGCUGGACGACUCUUGUUUUUGCCAAGCCUUGUCACUCAAGCCCACGCAACUUGCUGGACGACUCUGUGAUAGAGGAGGGUGGUGGGGGAGGAUUAGGUCUACUCAGUCAUUCUGUACAUCUCAUGCCUAGUCUACCCGACGAUACUCAGGAGUGUGUCACACUUCAGGGUUGCCUGAGACGUAAGACUCUGAUGAAGGAAGGGCGUAAGCCUACUGUGUCCCCUUGGCAGAGGUACUGGGUUCAGCUAUGGGCGACUGCUCUUGUCUUCUACUUGCCAAAGACUUUCAAAGGAUGUGAAAGAACUGACUUCAAGCGAGACCCUUGCAAGAUGACUCCACUGACCGGGUGUCUGGUGACUCUGGGCCACAAUCCGGUCCACUCCGACGUGUUCCUCAUCCGGGACCCUCACAGAAGCAAUAUGUACAAAUUCAAAGCGAUCAGUGAAGAAGAUGCCUUAAUCUGGUACAACUCAUUGCAACAAAUGCUCACAGAAAACAACACUACCUCUACUAAUCUCAUAUCCUUCGAUUGAUUUGUACAGUUCCUAUUUUAGUCCCUUAAGCUUUAGCUGUAAUCUCCUUAUCUUUUUAUGUAGAUAUUUUGUUAGCUUGCCGUAAGACGAUCUCACAGCAGUGUUUUUAUGUUUACAUUCUGGUCAUACGCUUUGUGAUUUAUUUUUAUAGUCAAUUUGUUGAUUUAUUUCAUUUAUAUUGGUGACUACCAAAUUCAAUAAAAUA